CGCGGCGGCCGCGCGCGCCGUCGGCGACCUCGCGCAGGCCUGCCAGGCCCGCGAGGGCGGCGGAUGGUGGGCCGGCGGCAGCGCGGACGUCGUCGACGUCCUCCGCAAGCUCGCGGUCGACGAUCAGGACGCCGUGCGCCUCGCCUGCGUGGCCGCGCUCGAGAAAGUCGCCGCGAGCCCGCACCCGCGCGGAAAUUUUUAUCCACGAUUCUCCCCAUAACCUCACUUCCCGCGCAGGUCUCGACGCGGCCGGCCGGUCCAACGUCGUGCUCCCGCUGCUGCUCGCCUUCGGCGAGGAUCCGGCCUGGCGCGCGCGGCACGCGCUGGCCUACGCGUUCGCGCCGCUCGCGCGGGGCCUCGACGCGCCGGCGGCGCUGCGCGCGGCCUACGCGAAGCUCAUGACGGACCCCGAGGCCGAGGUCCGCGCCGCGGCGGCCCUGCACGUCGCCGAGGCCGUGGACGCGACGCGCGCGCCGGGCGACGCCCUCGACGGCCUCGCGCCGGCGGUCGACGCGCUCACACGCGACGUGAGCGCGAGCGUGCGCGCGGCGCUCGCGCAGCGCGCCGCGGACCUGGCGCCGGCGCUCGGCGCGGCGGCGGCGGCGGACGUCGUGCUGCCCCUGCUCCUGACGCUGCUCCGCGACGACGAGGCCGACGUGCGGCUGAACGUGGUCUCGCGGCUCGCGCCGAUCCACGCCGUGAUCGGCGUCGACGCCCUGGCGGCGGCGCUGCUCCCGGCGGUCGUGGCGCUCGCCGCGGACGCGAAGUGGCGCGUCCGCCGGGCCGUCGUCGAGCUGACGCCGGGCGUCUGCGAGCAGCUGGGCGCGGACGCGUUCGACCUGGCGACGCGCGACGUCUGCGCGGGCUGGCUCGACGACCCCGUCGCGGCGGUGCGCGCCGCGGCCGUGGCCACGCUGGCCCGGCUCGCGCCGACGCUCGGCGCCGCGUGGACGGUCGGCGACGCGCUGCCGCGCGUCGCGGCGCUGGCGCGGCACGAGAGCUACCUCCGGCGCGUGACGGCGCUCGGGGCGCUGGCGGCGCUCGCCGCGGCGCCCGGCGCGCUCGACGGCGAGGCCGUCGCGGACCACGUGCUGCCGGUCGUCGAGGCGGCCGUCGCCGACGCCGUGCCCAACGUGCGCUUCAACGCCGCGACGGCCCUGGGCGCCGUCGGGCGGCGCGUCGACGGGGCCGCGCUGGCGCGGGUGCGCGCGGGUUUGGACGCGCUCGACGCGGACGAGGACGCGGACGUGCGCGAUUUUGCCGCCGCGGCGCGCGCCGCCAUCGACGCCUA